UUCUGGCUGUAGCUGUACUAUGUUCGGUGAGAGGACUGUGCCGCGGAACCUGGAGGGCGGUCAGUCCGCGGUCUGGGAUAAAAGUGAAAGUGGAGAGUGGCAUUGUACUGCUAGCUGGAAGACACAUAGUGGAUCUGUGUGGCGUGUGACAUGGGCUCAUCCUGAAUUUGGACAGGUUUUGGCUUCCUGCUCUUUUGACCGAACAGCUGCUGUUUGGGAGGAAAUAGUAGGAGAAUCAAAUGACAAACUGCGAGGACAGAGUCAUUGGGUUAAGAGGACAACGCUAGUGGACAGCAGAACAUCUGUUACUGAUGUGAAAUUUGCUCCUAAGCAUAUGGGUCUUAUGUUAGCAACCUGUUCAGCGGAUGGUAUAGUAAGAAUAUAUGAGGCACCAGAUGUCAUGAAUCUCAGUCAGUGGUCUCUGCAGCAUGAGAUCUCAUGUAAACUAAGCUGUAGUUGUAUUUCUUGGAACCCUUCAAGCUCUCGUGCUCAUUCCCCCAUGAUAGCUGUAGGAAGUGAUGACAGUAGUCCAAAUGCAAUGGCCAAAGUUCAGAUUUUCGAAUAUAAUGAAAACACCAGGAAAUAUGCAAAAGCUGAAACCCUCAUGACAGUUACUGAUCCUGUCCAUGAUAUUGCAUUUGCUCCAAACCUGGGAAGGUCUUACCACAUUCUGGCCAUAGCAACCAAAGAUGUGAGAAUUUUUACAUUAAAGCCUGUGAGGAAAGAACUUACUUCCUCUGGUGGACCAACAAAAUUUGAAAUCCAUAUAGUGGCUCAGUUUGAUAAUCAUAAUUCUCAGGUUUGGCGAGUGAGUUGGAAUAUAACAGGAACAGUGCUAGCAUCUUCAGGUGAUGAUGGCUGUGUAAGAUUAUGGAAAGCUAAUUAUAUGGACAAUUGGAAGUGUACUGGUAUUUUGAAAGGUAAUGGGAGCCCUGUCAAUGGGAGUACUCAGCAGGGAAACCCAAAUCCUUCCCUAGGUUCAAGUAUCCCAAAUCUUCAAAAUUCAUUAAAUGGAUCUUCUGCUGGCAGAAAGCACAGCUGAGUUCCAGCUAACUGGAGUAACUUUGCUGAUUUGCUGCUUGUUGCAUGCACACAGGAAUGGAAAGCGAGCUCCUUUUCCCCUUCCCCAGCGCCAUUUGACCUCUUCCAAGAUACACCAGCAGCCUGCUUACUACUAAACUGCAAUCCAAAAAGCUUCUAAAAAUACAGUAUAUAUCUUUUUUUUUUUUUUUGUAUUAACCAGUUUAUUGACACUAGUUGAAACUUUUGAAUAUAAAUGGAGAGGCUUUUUGUUGAGACAUUGUCACCAAAACAAUUUUUGGAAAUGUUCCUGAAAUUAACAAGGGUUUUUAAAAUGAGAAGGAUUUAUUACCACCCUUGUAAGUAGUUGGGAGGAGGGAAAAUAUAACUUUAUUCCAUUUGGAGAAUGAAGGCUUAUUUCUUUUGUUUUUCUAAAACAGUAAGCUAAAAUGAUGAAUUUUUAUAAUUUUAAUUUGAAGAUUGAAUAAAUAUUUUUCAUAAAGAUUGUUUUGAGUGCUAAUGUGUUUACCUUUUGUAAAAUUGGUUUAAACAUGAUAUUCCGUACAACUCUGUCAUUUCUUAGUAAUAUUUUUAAAAUACUAGUGAAGGUGGAGAAAAGUAGUAGUAAAAUGAAAGUAAACUGUACAGUUUGUAGCCAAAUUAAAUAUUUGGUAUUGCAUCAUUUAAAAUUUGGUAGUAAAAUGAAAACACCUUUGUAAGUAUUUGAUUCAUAUUCACUAAAGAGAUAAAUGUUUCUUUUAUGUGCUUGUAUAUAUUUAUGGUGUGAUUCUGUGGUUUAAAUUUCCUUCAAGUCAAAAUUUGGAAACAUACUAUAAGAGAAGCAGUUGAAAUUUUGCUGACAUUGUGCAUGCACAUUUACUUCCACAUUCCUUGUCCCAGAAUUUUCUUAAUUUAGUUGGCUGCUUCAUGUAGUUAAUAUCUUAUAGAACUGUGACCUUGAAGACAAAGCCAUAAAUUUUUGUUUGCUAAAAUGCAUAAUUAUUAUGGGUAAGUUAUAAUAAAAUGUCAGAAUAACAGCAAUAGGACAUAUGCUUUGAGCCCUUUUAGUUAUCACAAUUGUGUACUAUUGUAAGGAUUUGCAGAAAACCAACUAAGUAUUCAGAGAUUGUAUUUCUUUGAAAGCAUGUUGCAAUAACUGGCUAUACUUUGUGAAAGUAUAUUUGAAUUGGUUUUCAGUAUCAUGUUUGCAUUAAAAAAUGUGAAAUGUGUGCCAGCUGUUACUACAAAUGAAGCGUUACUUAAAAUAAAUUAAAAGCUUAUUAGACUUGUAAAUUUACAGGAUAGCAUCAAAUGUUUCUGAGGUUAGAAAAUGUUUUAAAUUAUAUAAUUGUCUUUUUUGUAACAUUCAUGCUGGUAAUUUUUUGAACAUUUUAAGUUUAGCAGAUUGUAGUUUUUUCUUUCAAAUUUCUAUACUUGCUUAGGCCAGCGUGAUUUGAGUAAGGGUCUUGAUUUUUGCAUAAUAUUAUGUUCUGUUAGUUUGG